GGGCGCUUUGCUGCAUCCGGGGUGCAUGAGGGAGGAGGGCGCUUCCCGGGCCCCUCGGCUGGAGGAUGACGACGCCGCAGUGCGCUCCGGACAACGUGUAUAGCCUCCUGCCCCCGCUGGAGCAAAAGCCUGUCAAACCUCCCAGGUAUAUAUCCAUAUUUAGACCAUCCGUAAAACAUGAAGCAAAGCAAAAUAAAGCUCAGUGGAAAACUAUGGGACCAGCAAAAGUUGCAGUGCCAUCUCCAAAAAACUUUCUGCAGAAACAUUCAAAGGAACCAAAGCUACAAGAAAGUAAGUGUAGACAUGAAAUAUAUGAAAUGCAGUGUAGAAAAAUAGAACAGGAUAGUAAGAAAUUGCCUGCAUUAUCAGUGCCACGGAGGACAGAUCACCCAGUUAUGGGAAUUCAGAGUAAAAAGAAUUUUAUAAAUACAAAUGCAGUUGCUGCUAUCACGAGAUUGCCUAAAAAGCCUCAACCUCUUUAUGUUGAUAGCAGACAGGGAGAUAAAUAUCUGCUUGAAACUUCGGGACUUGUUCCAAAAUACCUUAAAAAAAAGGAUUAUGGUGUUACACCAAAGUAUUUAACAGAGAGAAAGGAAGAAAUGAAGAAAGCUCAGAAAGAAUAUGAGGCCAGUGUCUUGGAGCAUCUCAAGAAAAAAGCCAUGAAAGUGCUAUCUGAUGAAGAAAGGAAACGUCUUCUGGAGGGGCUGAAAAAGAACUGGGAGGAAGUGUAUCGUGAAUUUCAGUGUCUUCCAGUGAAAAUAGACUCCAUACCCAAGAGGCUGCACAAAGAAAAGCUGGAGACACAAAUGAAACAACUGGAGCAUGACAUACAAACAAUUGAGAAGCACAAAGUUAUCUACAUUGCAAAUGAGUAA